AUGUCUCAUUUAGCAGCAGACUUUAACAUCUCAUUGUCUUCGAUUGUUAUCAAAUUUAGAGGUGAACAACAAACGUCCACUAAGGGCUUAAUAGAUCGUCUAAUAUCAAAAUGGGAAAACCAAUAUGAAAUGGAUUUAACAAUAAGUGUACUUAUUGGACGUAUGCAUUCUUCUCUUAUCUUUGCUGAUGACCUGUCAACUUUCAAAUCAAGUAUAGAUUCAAAUCGAUGCCCAAGAGCAUUGAAAGAAGAUAUUGAAAUAAAAGUUUUACGACAAUUUUUUUCGUCAUAUUCACUUAUCAUUCAACAAUUUCAUCGGACCUCGAAAGAAGAUGAAUGGUUAACUGAAUUACAACAGCGUUAUGUCUCUUUAUAUAAAAUUAUAAGAAUGCGAAUAAGAGACGGAUUACCAUUAAAUGAAGUUCGAGCCAAUGUUUUAUCAUUUGAAAAAGUUAAACUAGUUGUGUAUGGAUCUGGACGUGGCUGUGAUUUUAGGUUUAGAUAG